CACAUGUGCCGGCUCACCUUGUGACUGCUGAUCCAGCAAAAAUGUUCCAGGCUGCGGAACGACCCAAAUAGAACCAUUUCUCAUAUCCCUCACGUGAAGUUAAAUGAGAAUAGAUCGUUACCUUCUGGACAAACGAGUUAUAUCCCGCAAGGUUAGUCGAAACGAGCACGUCAAUAAUGCCUUGGGACUUGAUCCCCUUGAACUCCGGCUAUAGCAUUCCGAGCAUCGCGUAUGGGACUGGAUCGAUGGGAAGUGGACAGUGGCCAAUAGAUCAGCUCACACAGGCCUUCGACACAGGAUUCUAUCAUAUUGAUACCGCUCAGCUUUACAGGAAUGAGGCCGAGGUUGGCAUCACCAUCGGCCAACUUGGGCUAGAGCGUUCCGACGUAUUCAUCACAACAAAAUUUUCUGGCUUCAAUGGACUUGAUAUUCCAACUUCAAUUCGAAAUAGUUUGGAAUACUUGAACACUUCUUACGUCGAUCUGUACCUCAUUCAUAACCCGGAUUUAGCUGUGCCAGACAUACCAACUGUCUGGGCUCAAAUGGAGAAAGUCCAAGAAGCAGGUUUCGCCAGGAGCAUUGGCGUGAGCAAUUUCAAUGAGAAGCAGCUAGAGAUUCUGCUGUCGUCCGCAAAGAUCAAGCCAGCUGCCAAUCAAAUUUACCUACAUCCCUACAAUUACCAGCAACAGUCUCCGACUCUGGAGUACGCCGCCAAAUACGACAUCGUAAUUGAGGCAUACGGUGCUUUGACGCCUGUCACGGGCGAGCCAGGAGGUCCAGUGGAUGCCCCUUUAAACGAAAUCGCUACGAGGCUCGGAGCUACUGCUGACCAAGUGCUCCUCGCAUGGGUCAAGGCAAAAGGUGCAGUCGUGGUGACCACCAGCUCUAAAAAAGCGCGUCUUCUAAGUUACCUCUCCGCUGGAGAUCUUGAACUAUCUGCGGAGGACGUCCAGACGAUUGAUACUGCGGGCGCUGUCGGAGAGAAAGGAAUCACUGUCAGACAUGGGCUGCGUAAACUCGGGGUGGGCGUUUUGUUUGGGAUCCUGAUCUUGGUUGCCUGCAGCUAUUUCAAAGGUCGGGAACAAGCGGAGAAAUGUUACAGGGGUGCUGGAGAGAAUUUGACUGUCAUAUAAGCUACGCGCUCGAUAAAACACCGUGUAAGAUUACCCUCACUAGUAUGUCUUUUUCUCCCACACGCUGAAGGCUAGCACUCUGCAAUCAGCAUCGCGAUUGAUCAUUGUAUGGACCUCUGAGGUCUAAGGGUCUUGUAGACACCCCUCAAGGGUACAGAAAUGAGGGUGAGGUGGGUAUUGCUUUUCACAGAAGAGACGAAUGAUUCUAGCCUCGCAUGAUGGGCCCAACAUCCCUACUGCGAUCAGAAAAAGUGUCAACAACAACAACGUGAGUGACUCACCACAAUAGGUCGGCCUAGAUGCCAAUAUGAAAUCAGAUCAACACACUCCACGCGGACCUACACCUAACUCAUAACCCGCGCCGUGCGAUACCAGACAUCCCGACAGA